CAAACGUAAUUAAAAAUUACAAUCUGAACAAUUUUCCCCUACGCGCUCCUACGCACUCAUUCCCAAAAUCACUCAUAUGUGAAUGGCCCCUUAAAUGGAUCAGGAGCAGGCCCACGAGCAGGCUGGAGAUGUCCGAGUGCAUGAUACGCCUACUUUGCUUUUCCUCCGCAAGAGCCUUCCAAGGCGUUUUAUGUGCUAUAUCAGCUGGUGCAUUCUAAGCGACCCUGUGCUGGACCCAACCGAUCCUGAGCACCGACUUGCGGAACGCGCAACUUUGACAGCCCAUCUGCAGCGAAAAGGUGUUGCAAAUGUUUGCUUGCCGGUCGUCGUCCGAUGCAAAAACCUCCUUGGGGCAUGGCUGGCAGAGAACGCCACUUCGGUGCCUGCCACGGUCAUUCCAGCACAGCAACCUAAACAGAGGAAGCCGUGGCCUGCUGAACCCGCCCUGGAGGCACAGGGGUGGUCUCAGCAGCAGCCGGGGUGGGAGGCCCAGCAGCUGUCCAUAAUCGCGGCUGCCGUACCUGCACAGCACUUCUGCCCCCUGGCCCGUUGCGUAAUGCGCGAGCCGGUGCGGGACUGGCGGGACCACGAGCACGUGUACGAGCGGUCCGCCAUCACCGCAUUUGUACGGCAGCACGGGUGUAACCCGGUCACCGGCCAGCCCAUGUGCCUGGACCACCUGCAGCGAGCUGCCUUUGAGGAGGAUGCCAUACGCGACUGGGUUGCAGAAAACACAACAACAACUUCCUUCUCGGGCGGGGGCAGAGGGGACAGCGGCAGAGGAGACGGGCAGGCAGCAGCGGGGCA